GCCUCGGCCCCAUAAUUAACAAGCCAGCCUUCCAGGCCUGACCUGGUCCUCGCCUUCGGCGUACUCCGAGUGGGAGUCGGACAGCCGCCCAGUCCGCUCCUGGAACGCGGCCUUUUUUUACCGGGGUUCAGGUCCGGAGGUCCCCAUCUUCCGGCUGCCCUGGACGCCUGGCAUCCCCACGAUCCUGUGAUUGCGCCUGCGCCCUGCUGACCGUGACCGAGGACACCCCCGGAGAAACUUGGGCAUUCCUUAGGGCAGAGAGCUUGCACUAUUGAUCUUCAUCUCCUCACAUAAUGUCUGGCAUUCAGUAAACAUUUGUUGAACUCGAAGAGACAUAUGGGCAAUGUAUCUGGAAAGGGAGAACAUCUUUGGUCCUACAGUUUUGCUAACACUGACAUUUUUCAAAGUGGUCUGAGACAAUUUGCUUUUUAUGUAAAUAACUGCCUAGACUUCACAUUUUUCACUACAGAAGCCUAUAAUCUACAGUUGACCAAGAUUUAAACACAUUAGUUUUAGGAUAUCAUCUACAUUAAACUUGAGACCUCUUUCCUUCUUAUUCCAAAAUGUUAAGAUACUGGGGAGAGAUACCAAUAUCAUCAAGCCAGACCAACAGAAGUUCCUUUGAUCUGCUCCCACGGGAGUUCCGUCUGGUAGAAGUACAUGACCCACCCCUGCAUCAACCCUCAGCCAACAAGCCCAAGCCCCCUACUAUGCUGGACAUCCCCUCAGAGCCAUGCAGCCUCACCAUCCAUACCAUUCAGUUGAUCCAGCACAACCGACGUCUUCGCAACCUUAUUGCCACAGCUCAGGCGCAGAAUCAACAGCAGACAGAAGGUAUAAAGACUGAAGAGAGUGAACCUCUUCCCUCCUGCCCUGGGUCACCGCCUCUCCCUGAUGACCUACUACCUUUAGAUUGUAAGAAUCCCAACGCACCAUUCCAAAUCCGGCACAGUGACCCAGAGAGUGACUUUUAUCGUGGGAAAGGGGAACCUGUGACUGAACUCAGCUGGCCCUCCUGUCGGCAGCUCCUUUACCAAGCAGUGGCCACAAUCCUGGCCCAUGCAGGCUUUGAGUGCGCUAAUGAGAGUGUCCUGGAGACCCUAACUGAUGUGGCACAUGAGUAUUGCCUUAAAUUCACCAAGUUGCUGCGCUUUGCUGUGGAUCGGGAGGCCCUGAUGGGACAAACUCCUUUCCCCGAUGUUAUGGAACAGGUAUUCCACGAAGUGGGUAUUGGCAGUGUGCUUUCCCUCCAGAAGUUCUGGCAGCACCGCAUCAAGGACUAUCACAGUUACAUGCUGCAGAUUAGUAAGCAACUUUCUGAAGAAUAUGAAAGGAUUGUCAAUCCUGAGAAGGCCACAGAAGACACUAAACCUGUGAAGAUAAAGGAAGAACCUGUAAGUGACAUCACCUUUCCUGUCAGCGAGGAACCGGAGGCUGACCUUGCUCCUGGAGAUCAGUCCCUGCCCAUGGGAGUCCUUGGGGCUCAGAAUGAGCGAUUCCCAUCUAACCUGGAGGUGGAAGCUUCACCACAGGCUUCAAGUACAGAGGUAAAUGCUUCUCCUCUUUGGAACCUGGCCCAUGUGAAAAUGGAGCCUCAAGAGAGUGAAGAAGGCAACGUGUCUGGGCAUGGUGUGCUGGGCAGUGAUGUCUUUGAGGAGCCCAUGUCAGGCAUGAGUGAGGCUGGGAUCCCUCAGAGCCCAGAUGACUCAGACAGCAGCUAUGGUUCCCACUCCACGGACAGUCUCAUGGGGUCAUCACCUGUUUUCAACCAGCACUGCAAGAAGAGGAUGAGGAAAAUAUAAAUAGUUAGAGAGGGACAUUUUCAGUCUAGACCUACAACCCAACAGAAAACCUUGUUGUAUUAGAAUUUGCUUCCAUAAACUGAUUUAAUUCCUAUUCUUAAAUAAACUGGGCUUUUCUUAUUUCAUAGAAACUGGACUUAACCAAGUAAGGUUACAUUUUACUUUGGCAUUGUUUUUAUGGUUUUCCACAGCAACCAAGCUACUGUUCACAGAUGGUCACAGUGCUGGCAUAAUGAGACCAAAGCACUGUCCCCAACUAUUAUUUCAUUGUGUGAUGACACAUAUUCCUUAGUUUUUCUGCAGCUAUUUCUCUUACACAAUUGAGAACCAUAUCACUUUGACCUUGCAGUGGUGAGGACCUCAAACCUGUGCUUGAAUAGACUCACAUGAACAUAUGCCAAUAUCAGA